UUUUUAUUUUUCCAAUAAGGUUAAGGACUGUGAGGAUUAUGAUCUGAUAAGAUCCUUCCCUGAGUUUUGUCUGUUUCUUUGUUUCGCAGCGCUUCACUUGGCCGUUUCUCCUCAACGACGUCGUUUCUCUUCGCCGGAAAAAAUGUCAGGGAAAGGAGCAAAAGGUUUGAUAACAGCAAACAGAGACAAGGACAAAGAUAAAGAUAAGAAGAAAUCAAUUUCUCGUUCUUCUCGCGCUGGUUUGCAGUUUCCUGUUGGGAGGAUCCACCGCCUUUUGAAGACGAGAACCACCGCUCAUGGAAGAGUCGGGGCAACGGCUGCUGUCUACUCGGCGGCGAUCUUGGAGUAUCUGACUGCAGAAGUAUUGGAACUGGCUGGGAAUGCUAGCAAGGAUCUUAAGGUUAAACGGAUUACUCCGAGACAUUUACAGCUUGCGAUUCGAGGGGAUGAAGAAUUGGAUACUCUGAUAAAGGGGACUAUUGCUGGAGGAGGAGUGAUUCCUCAUAUUCACAAAUCUCUUAUCAACAAAUCUUCAAAGGAGUAGAUUAUGGCUGCAGAAUAGAACAUUUAUGUCACUACUAAUUAUGGAUUUUUGUUUGUCGGGUACAAGAACCUUGAAAUAAUGGUUAAGAAUGUCGUUGAUUGUGUAUAAACCUGAUGUUUUGUUUCUCAAAUUUAUUAAUAUGGUGCUAAUUUCAAUUA